UCACUGAUGAUGAGGUUGAUCUACUGUAGAUUGAAGUUUAAAUUUCAUUCAUCCUUUUAAAAAAGAUUCUACUUUAUUUGAACCUUUGUUAAAAUGGUUGAAAAUGAGAAACACUGUACAUUGGUCUCUAUGAAGAGAAACAUUCAGCAGCUACAGUGGUGAUGUCACACCCAGAGUGGAGAGGCUGCUGAAUUGGUCUAAAUAUUAUCUCUAACUUUUUGCUCAUGACCAUAGUUUUCGCUUCUUUUACGUGUUUUUCACUGGAUGGUUGACACAUCUGUGCUCUUCCUGGCAGUAGAUCUAUGGAAGCAAAUUGAUUCACACAAGAUGCUCAGUGAGCUGCAGAGUGACACGGGUGCCGAACGACUGCUGCACUGACUCCUAUGUAAACAGUAUUAGGAAGGUGGUCAUAAUGUUAUGGAUGAUCAGUGUAUUUGAUCUAUCCUUUAUGUGGGGUACCUCACAUAUAUUUGCAUUUUGAAAAGGCAAGACAGAAAAAUCAAAUCACAUCAUUGUUUCAUGCAUCCCAGAGAUGGUCUAUUAAACUAGUAGCAGAUGGGAUCCACCUGUUUUAACUGUUAACAAUUACGCAACAUCUACUGUGGUGUAAUAAAGAUGGAAGUCUUCCAGCUUCAAAGGUUAUGGUUAAAAGUGCUGUCACUCUGCAGAUUUAAGGAGACACAUGGCUGAAAAGCCUUAACAUUACUGUAAAGCAAAUAGUUAAGGAGUGGCAAUUUGAUAGCCUGUGUAGUUUUAUGUCUGUUCUGUGUUCAUAGUGUACUUUAUUGGGGCAGGGCAGCAUUUUUAUAUAGCCAAUUGAGAAAUUUGACCUCCUGUCAUGGGACCAAACUGCACUGGAAUAUUUUUACACAUGGGAGCCUGAGUAUUUAGCCUUUGACCCCAUAUAAAAAAAAUUACUCUGUUCAUGUUAUCUGUCAUCUAUCAUGUUGAGUAUGCAAAUUAUGACUGGUAAUGUUAAAGCCAAGGAAUUGCUACCUCAUGUAUUAUUUUAUACUGUAGCUUGCAGUCUAACUGGUGUCUGUUCUUCUGCAGGUUGCUGUGUGACUGAGUGAGUUUCCAUAUGCCUCGACACUGACUUGCCCUGAGUUCUUGGCUUUGAACCCAGAAAGCACUGACCAGAAGAGACUUUCUCAUUAAUCUUUCUGGAUAUGUCUGGGCUCCACAUAGUACAUUCUUACAUGUACACGAAAAUAGUUGCAAUAAGUGAUAGACAUUGAUAUACAACCAUCCAGCAACAUAAAUGGUUCCUCUGAAAUCCAACCGGACUGUAAUGGGAAGAGAAGCCGAGGACAUGGAGGUUUCUGGCCUUCCGGAGAAGAUAGACCUCAAGAAAGAAGCAGAAGAGAGUGAGAGUGAGGAGGAGGCUGAGGAGGAGGAGGGUAGGGCUGUGCAGAUCCCUUUGCAUCGCUGGGUAAUGCAUGGUGCAGUGAUGUUUGGACGCGAGUUUUGCUAUGCCAUGGAAACAGCGCUGGUCACGCCAGUGCUGCUGCAGAUUGGUCUUCCUGAGCAGUAUUAUAGUCUGACCUGGUUCCUCAGUCCCAUUCUGGGUCUUCUCUUCACACCUGUGAUUGGCUCAGCCAGUGACCGCUGCACUCUGCGGUGGGGCCGGAGAAGACCGUUCAUUCUGGCCCUGUGUGUGGGUACACUGCUUGGAGUGGCGCUGUUUUUAAAUGGCUCAUUAAUAGGCCUGUCCAUCGGUGACAGCCCCGGCAGUCAGCCAAUCGGCAUUGUCCUUACAGUGGUAGGUGUGGUGGUGCUGGACUUCUGUGCUGACGCCUCCGAGGGACCAAUCAGAGCUUACCUUCUUGAUGUUGCUGACACUGAGGAGCAGGAUAUUUCCCUGAAUAUUCAUGCCUUCUCUGCUGGGCUUGGUGGAGCAGUGGGCUACAUGUUGGGUGGUCUAGACUGGACUGGCACAGCUCUGGGUCGAGCAUUUAAAUCACAGAACCAGGUCCUGUUCCUGUUUGCUGGAAUCAUCUUCAUUAUCUCUGUUACCUUGCACAUGUUCAGCAUCCCUGAGCAAAAUCUCCCUCCAUCCAACCAGUUCAAAGUCACAGGAGGUGAGGAGUCUACCAGCCAGUUGUCUUUCAGGCCUGUUGGCCACACGCCACUUUUACUUGAUGUGAUUGUGGAGGAGGAUGCUUCUCCUCAAGCCCCAUCCCGGGAGGACGACAAAUCAGGUACUGAGGAAAGGGAAAUGGACUUCCUUGCUAUGGAGCGGGUGCGGAGUAAAAGUGAUUCAGUCUUAGCCAUGCCAGAUGCUACGAUUGAGUUGGAUCCUGACCUCAACCCAGAUGCACAGCUUUUCCUGCCAGAGGUGCAUCACUUUUUACCAGCAGUGCAGGGAGAACUAGAAGAUGCCUUCAAGCUAUCAGAAAACAGUACUAGGUGCUCAUCUCCUCCUGGCAGACUACCCACUCUUAGUGAUGCGAUGACUGUCUUAGAGCCUGUAAAUCCAGUUUUGACUGAGCUUAAGGAUCCAACAAACAGUCUUUAUUUCCACCAUCUCAUCAGUUCUAACUCAGACAGCUCACAUCUGAGACAGGUCAAAGCUGCCAAUGGCGUCAGUGUUUGCUUGUCCUCUUCGGACCACUGCGAUCCAGUGAAAGGCCACGCCUCCACUAAGUUUGGGAUCUCCCCCCACAACACAUCAGCUUCAUCACACCCACGCCCACAUACCUUCUACAGACAACCCUCCUUUACAUUUUCAUACUACGGACGAGUGGGAUCGCAGCGCUAUCGACUGCGACGGACAGUAGCUUCGAGACUUAGGCCAGUCACCACUUCCCGCAGUCUGAAUGAUCUGAGUGACCUCCAGCGCCAUGCAGACAGGCGGGAGUGGCGACUUUCACUUAGCAGUCUGUCACCUGAAGGCUCCAGCAGUGAGGGAGGUCCAGAGCAGGGCACAACUGUUCGAUUGCUCUGGUUGUCCAUGUUAAAGAUGCCGAGGCAGCUGUGGAGACUGUGCCUGUGUCACCUCCUUACAUGGUUCUCCAUUAUAGCUGAAGUGGUGUUUUAUACCGACUUCAUGGGGCAAGUCAUUUUCCAUGGAGACCCCACGGCACCAACCAAUUCUACAGAGCUACAAAAUUAUAACAGAGGAGUACAGAUGGGCUGCUGGGGGCUGGUGGUUUACGCUGCUACUGCUGCUGUCUGCUCUGCCAUCCUUCAGAAGUACCUGGAUAAUUUUGAUUUGAGCAUUAGGAUCAUCUACAUCCUUGGAACGCUGGGAUUCUCAAUAGGAACUGCUGUAAUGGCAAUCUUCCCUAAUGUUUAUGUUGCCAUGGUGAUGAUCAGUAGCAUGGGCAUCAUCUCCAUGAGCAUCUCCUACUGUCCUUAUGCGUUACUUGGGCAGUACCAUGAAAUCAAAGAGUAUGUUCACCAUAGUCCAGCAAACACUCGAAGAGGUUUUGGUAUUGACUGUGCUAUCUUAACCUGCCAGGUCUACAUCAGCCAGAUUUUGGUUGCAUCAGUUCUGGGAGCUGUGGUGGAGGCAGUCGGCAGCGUGCAGGUCAUUCCUGUAGUGGCCUCUGGGGGCUCCUUCCUCGGCUUCCUCGCUGCCUGUUUCUUUGUUAUUUAUCCAGAGUCAAGCAGCUCAGAUCAGGACCAGAGCCUGGUGGAUCUAUCUGGAGAUUCAGACCAGAAUGGAAAACGGACCAGUGAUCAGAGACUGGCUCUGUUUAACCUCACAGACAGAGAUAGUUUGACCAGGACAGAUGAUCACUGUCUUGCCUCAGCAUGAACACCUAAAUAAUGCUUCAUAGUUGGUCCUCAUCAAACACAAGGACUAUAUCAAAUGCAUCUGAAUUACAGAAUUGAUGGUCUGUGCUUUUCUGUGGGAGGAAUGAUGAUAAACGAGGAAAAACGUGGCAGAAAGUUGAGAGCCUAUCUACAGAAGUCUAGAGCCUGGAGUAGAGGACUGAUGAGGAGUGACAAUCUCAGUUUGGGCCUGCUUUACUUGUUUUGUUGUGACCUUACUCCUAUUUAGUGAUGUGCGAAUCGAUCUUGAAAUAUCAGUACUUCCAAUCCCAUUGUUGCCUGUUCUAGGAUCGAUUCCUGUGUUAAAAGAUUAAUAUCUAAAAUAAAUAGGCUAAUUUGGGUUAGGUUAGGGGAAGUCGGGCUCUGUUGCCUAUGGCAACGGAGUCCUAUGCACUGGCCAAUACGCCGCCCGGUGUGUUCAGCAAGCAAAGGUUGCUUGCUGGGCUUAGAAGGAGAUUCUAAAGAAUAAACUGCAAAUUCAUCAAGAAAUUGAGAUGGAGCGGGCUCACAGAGUCGGGAAACCUUCUGAUCGUGGUCCG